UGAGGUAGGUGAGAUUUUGUAGCCUACUCAGAUAGUGAGCACUGAACAGAAGUCUUUUGAGGCUCUUGAUUAUCCCACAUCAAACCAAUUUCACCUCGAUGUGUUACACACUGAAAACCUGUGUCACCGCCUCAUUUACAGUUAAAAUCGGCAUUCGUAUAGUUUCAGUUUCGAUUGUUCAGUGAUGUGACGUUUAGUGGAGAAAAUGAAACCUACAGACCUAUAAGUCAUCCAGUUCGAAAAAGAGGAAACGCAGAUCUGAGAGCAGAAUUAAGAUGGAAGGUAGAAACUACGUCGGUGAGCUACACGAACAUGCACAGAAAAACAACUUGAAGCUGCGUUAUGACCUAGAUGAAGUUGGCCCUGACCAUAUGAAAACAUUCACCCAGAAGGUAGUACUAGAUGGUGUAACCUAUCCCGAAGGUGAAGGGAAGACCAAGAAGGAAGCCAAGUGUAAGGCAGCUAAAAAUGCCCUGCAAUGCAUACGGGAGAAUAAAGAGAAGAAGGAAGAUCAGGAUUCAGUUGUCUCAACAGAAAAUGCAGCAGAAGCUUCUUCUUACAGCAGUAGGACGGGAAGCCCGAGUGUGAACUCGAAAGACAGCGGCUUUACAGAGACAGAUUUCAUUGGAAUUGUCAACCACUACUGUCAGAAAACAAAGUGCAGCUAUAGUUUCUUUGAAGAUAGGAAAUGCGGCCCACCUCAUGACCCUCAAUUUUGCUACAAACUAGUGAUCAACGACAAGGAAUACCCUGUGGGUGAGGGGAAGAGUGCCAAAGAAGCCAAACAAAAUGCUGCUAAGCUGGCCUGGUCUGCUCUUCAAGAACAGUCGGACUGGGACAGUAAGGUGUCCUCCAGAUCAACUGUGUCUGAAGAUGGUGCACCACCACCAACGCCAUCAAAUGAAGUGGAGUCCAGUGAAUCAUCAGCACAAAGUGUGUCGGCAAGUGCAAGCGACUCAGUUAUAUUCACCAGUUCUUCAAACACUUCCAAGUCUCAGGUCUGUUCUCUCAUCAUUGUAAAAAGAAUUAAAGUAGGCUACAGACUAGAAGCAACAUUGUACUGUAAGAGCAAGAAGAUUUAGUUUUGGUACAUGUUAACAUGAUGAAAGAUU